AUGUCGACGAGCCAGCGGCGGAGGAGGAUGGCUGCUGGAGCUGCGACGGCUGGUGGCAGUGGUGCGGCAGCUGAUGGAAGAUCUGCGGAGGCUAGACCGAGCUCCGGGCAGUUGGAAGUGGGAGAGGCUGAUCGACGCUUGGACGCGCUCAUCGAAGAGGAGGUGCAGCGCCGGGCUCGGUCGGUGGAUUCAGGAAUGAGGAUCGCCUCGGUGUCGACUGGAAAUGGUGCUCGAGGUCUACCUGUGUCCUUUGCUCCAGCGCUUCCCCAGGUUCGUGAGACUCAGCGGGAGAUUUCUUCGACUGCGGCUGCUGGUUCCGCCCCUGUUCAACGGCAAGGAGGUCAUGGAGGUGAUGGCGUGACUCCGUAUGCUUCUCAGGCUGGAGUUGGGAACAACGUGAUCAACCUGGGAGCACUUCAAGAAGCGUUUCAACGAAGUUAUCAAGCUCUUCAUGACGCACUAGGACGAGGCCAUGGAGGUCAAGGUCUAUUAGGUCCUCUUGAUCCUCGCAAUGCCCCUGCACUCCAAGGAGGUGUUCUUUUGGGUGCGAUCCCUGAGACUGGGGGUCAAGGUGGAGGCAUGGCUCCAAGGACGUUGGAGUAUGGCAGUGCAGCUGCUCACACCCCUUCACGAGGAGAUGACCCACCUGUCAACCCGUUUUGGAGUCCGGCAGUUCGAGAUGCUGCAUCACGUGCCUCGGCUGGGGGUGAUGGGGGAGGUCAUGGUCAGGAGGGUCAACGUCGUGAUCAAGAUCCGCCGAGCUCUCGUCAGCUGGAGGUGAGACAGACCCCAAGCAGUGAUCCUCGACCGCGUGAUGUCACUCAGUCUCCAACGCCCCAAGAUGAGAUAGAAGCGUUGAGGUUGAGAGUUUUGAAGGAUGCCCAGGAGCAGUUCGAGAAGGAAGUUCGACGACUCACGGGUGGAAGAGAUUCUGGUGAUACUGUGUCAUUUAGGACAGCGUCUAGUGGGAACCCUGAACCUGGUUCACGUGGUGCACCUGAAUGUCCUCCUGGUUUGGGUCAACCUCCAGAACCCUCUCGUGAACCUCCUGAUGAUCGUGUGUUGAGUACUCCCCAUAAAGUCAUGAGGAUUGGGGACAGUGCCACACAGGCGUCGCUCACAGAGGCGCUCAGGAACCUUGAACUGCCAGCGUUGCCCUUGCCGCAUACGGAUGGAGCAUCCAUUGUUUUUGGCGACUGGCUCACUAUGGUGUUUCCUUUGAUGGCAGAUAUAUCCUGUUCGGCCAAGUCAUGGUGGCAAGAAUCACUGAUGGCAGCCCAGGAGUGCUAUGCAAGGUGGUUGACUCUAUCACCUCUUGAACGUCUUCGAGCCAAGCCGGAGAUUGUGGUGGCGCCAGCUUUUCAGAGGAUCGAGCAACGGGGUGUGGCGAUGCUUCUUGCAUGGAUGAAUAUUGUCCCACAGAACCUGAAGGACCCUCCUCUGAAGAUGUUCAACAGGAUCAACCUCUUCCAGCGCUUGACGAUGCAGAGCUGGAAGAACUACCAGAUGAUCGAGUGGGAAGAUGAAAAGAUCGUCUGCCCGGAGAUCCAAUGCCGUGUUUGUGAAGAACCAGUCGGCUCUGUGCGCAACCUCGUCAUGAAUGGACGCGUGGAGUGCACGUUGGCUGAUGGCAUCAAGUUGAAGAAGCUCUUGGGGGAUGAACUUUGGGGCUGGAAGCAAUACUGGUCGCGUUCGUCUCGCCAUCUGGUAUCUGGGGAGGAGGAGGGAAGGCUUCAAGGCUGCACCAUGGACCACUUGGAGGUGGUGGUGGCGGCAUAUGAGGAGGACCUCUUUCAGCUGCAUGACUAUGAAGAGCGCUAUCAGGUGGCUUCGAUGUGCCUGAAAUCCAUGCCGGGUGAGGUUUUAACUAUGACGGAAGCAGCGGACAAGUCCUCUGCCAAGUCCUUCGAGCUCUAUGCCAGUGCUUUAGGGAUUGCCUUAGCUGCUCCAACCAUUUCAACUGGAGCGAAGAUCGCCUCGACGGUUGCGAUUGCAGCCUUAUCGUUAGCAGAAUUCCGGCGGGCUGCAGACAGAGAGGCGGAGCUGGCGCGAGAAUUUGAAGUACAUGGGUACUACUACACCUCAUCCACUCCUUGGACCAACCCCCUCUUUGAGGCGCCUCCGAGAGGAAAAGACCGUUGGCUUCCUUUCAAUCCAGCCACUGACAAGUGGCUGAUUCGAGCUCAUGGUGGCGGGCGUGUCCAAUCGUUCCACCCGGUUCAUCGUGGGACUCCGGUGGAUGUCACAACGUUGACUGGCCAGCGGGUGACUCUGGCCUAUCCUGACCACCCCGAACCUGGGAGCGAGAGGCUGCUGAUUGAUGAUGUUUGGUCGUUGGGGCCUCGUCAGAUUCUCCCUCGCACAGGAACAUGGAAGGGCUGGACGUUUUUUCGAUGCCAUGAUGGUCAAGCAGCCGCACCGACUUCAUCGAUGGCGACUUCCAGCUCCUCGGCAGUGAAUAUGUGUCCGACUGCACCAGGUGUCUCCGAACGCCCGUUGUCGCCGACCCGGCGUGCUGGAUAUGCCCGUGGAGGACCAGGACAGAGGGGAAGGGACGCUGGAAGCAUCCAAUCUGCGCCGACCGUUGCAGAGAGGGUGCAGGAGGAGAGACGGAAGCCAGGUGUGGCAGCUGCGGCGACUGAAGACGCCGACCCAUGGGCAUCUUGGGGGGAGCUUGCCAACGCCGCUCGCACUACAUCUCGGUCGGCUGAGUUGUUGGCCGCCAUGUCGACGAGCCAGCGGCGGAGGAGGAUGGCUGCUGGAGCUGCGACGGCUGGUGGCAGUGGUGCGGCAGCUGAUGGAAGAUCUGCGGAGGCUAGACCGAGCUCCGGGCAGUUGGAAGUGGGAGAGGCUGAUCGACGCUUGGACGCGCUCAUCGAAGAGGAGGUGCAGCGCCGGGCUCGGUCGGUGGAUUCAGGAAUGAGGAUCGCCUCGGUGUCGACUGGAAAUGGUGCUCGAGGUCUACCUGUGUCCUUUGCUCCAGCGCUUCCCCAGGUUCGUGAGACUCAGCGGGAGAUUUCUUCGACUGCGGCUGCUGGUUCCGCCCCUGUUCAACGGCAAGGAGGUCAUGGAGGUGAUGGCGUGACUCCGUAUGCUUCUCAGGCUGGAGUUGGGAACAACGUGAUCAACCUGGGAGCACUUCAAGAAGCGUUUCAACGAAGUUAUCAAGCUCUUCAUGACGCACUAGGACGAGGCCAUGGAGGUCAAGGUCUAUUAGGUCCUCUUGAUCCUCGCAAUGCCCCUGCACUCCAAGGAGGUGUUCUUUUGGGUGCGAUCCCUGAGACUGGGGGUCAAGGUGGAGGCAUGGCUCCAAGGACGUUGGAGUAUGGCAGUGCAGCUGCUCACACCCCUUCACGAGGAGAUGACCCACCUGUCAACCCGUUUUGGAGUCCGGCAGUUCGAGAUGCUGCAUCACGUGCCUCGGCUGGGGGUGAUGGGGGAGGUCAUGGUCAGGAGGGUCAACGUCGUGAUCAAGAUCCGCCGAGCUCUCGUCAGCUGGAGGUGAGACAGACCCCAAGCAGUGAUCCUCGACCGCGUGAUGUCACUCAGUCUCCAACGCCCCAAGAUGAGAUAGAAGCGUUGAGGUUGAGAGUUUUGAAGGAUGCCCAGGAGCAGUUCGAGAAGGAAGUUCGACGACUCACGGGUGGAAGAGAUUCUGGUGAUACUGUGUCAUUUAGGACAGCGUCUAGUGGGAACCCUGAACCUGGUUCACGUGGUGCACCUGAAUGUCCUCCUGGUUUGGGUCAACCUCCAGAACCCUCUCGUGAACCUCCUGAUGAUCGUGUGUUGAGUACUCCCCAUAAAGUCAUGAGGAUUGGGGACAGUGCCACACAGGCGUCGCUCACAGAGGCGCUCAGGAACCUUGAACUGCCAGCGUUGCCCUUGCCGCAUACGGAUGGAGCAUCCAUUGUUUUUGGCGACUGGCUCACUAUGGUGUUUCCUUUGAUGGCAGAUAUAUCCUGUUCGGCCAAGUCAUGGUGGCAAGAAUCACUGAUGGCAGCCCAGGAGUGCUAUGCAAGGUGGUUGACUCUAUCACCUCUUGAACGUCUUCGAGCCAAGCCGGAGAUUGUGGUGGCGCCAGCUUUUCAGAGGAUCGAGCAACGGGGUGUGGCGAUGCUUCUUGGCGCUCCAUCGGCGCCUACUGGGAGGGAUGCAGCUGCUGAUCUCUUGAAUGAGGCUACGACUCUCCUCAAGACUCUCCGUGCUAUGAAAGCCAUCAGGAUCAAGGAGCUCACCGUGUACGCUGACCUCAAGGAGAAACCUGUGGCCCUCAUUGAUGGUGGAGCGACCCAUGGUCUCAG